AUGCUGUCGCAGUCGUCGGGGGUGCCGCACUGGGAGGCGGAGGAAUCGGGCGCGCGGGACGCGGCGGCGAGCGCGCCGAUGCUCGCGCCCCUGUACCCGUCAAUAUCGAUGGACGCGCAAGCGGUCGAGCUCGCGUCGUACAUUCUCUUCCCGCCGCCGCCCAGCCACGGCUCGCCCUCCCUCCGAUCCCUCAACGGUUCCGCCGGAGGGCCCUCCGCGCCCACUAGCUCAUCCGCGGCGGCGCACCUGGCGCGCCAGGCGGAGGCGGAAGAGCCUCUGCUAUUCGCGGAACGGAUUUCCGCGCAGGCGCGGGGCGGGAUGGCGGGGGAAGCGAUGGGGGGGACCGACGGGCACGUGGGGAGGGAAGGGGCGGAAGGGGGAGCUGAAGGGUUCUCCCCUUCACCGUGA